AUGGUAUUUUGGCUGGCAAUCUCCACCCUCGUAUCCAGCCAGCUCAUUCUCGGCCUCUACGCACUCGUUCUAAUCUAUAUCUUGCUCAGUCUCCGAAGCCUGAAGGACGACGUUGCGCAGGUCGCGCAGGCUACCACAAGGCCAACCCGCCGUAAGCAUGCCAGACCGCAACCGGUCUACGAUGCGAACGACCGCCUCAUAGGCUACUUUCGGGGAGACCGAAAAUCCGACAUCACAUUCAGGAAUAUCGGACGUGCAACAACCGACUCUGUCUUGGAUGGAGCCGCCUCGGCACCAACAUCACCCGAAUCUCGCCCAGCCCCAGCCGCAGUCUCCCCACCCUCACCUAUCAUAUUCCAGCCACCGCAAGUCCAUGUCUAUCGCUCUCUCCAGGCUUCCGAGUGGAACGGCUAG